ACUGUUGACCCUUCUAAAUUUGAAGUCUAGCGUAUAAACAAGUGAGUCUUCUCUGUUUUGUGAUCAUACAGUUUGCUAGUUUGGUCGCUGAGUAACUGUGUGAGAAUUAACAUCAGUCGGUUGAUGCAAGUUAAGUUAAUUAGAAAAUAACAGGUAGAUUUGGCUUAAGAACUGAAAACUACUACAAAACAGGAGCAAGAAAAAUCUCAGGACCCGCAGCCAAGAAGAACAUGGUCGCUCUGCGUCUGGCGUGCCUCCUCGUGGCGCUGUGCUCGGCCAGCGGGGUGUUCGUCGACAUCGCGGGCUUCGGCAGCUACGAGCUGAUCGAGAAUGCUGUGACGUGGUUCGAGGCCCGGGCCGCCUGCAACAAUGAGUCCGCGCAUCUGGCCGUCAUCGAGUCCUCGGCCGAGUUCGACGCCAUCAUCGCCAGAUUCAAGCCGAACAUAUCCGCCAAUGGGGAGCAGAUAUUCACCGGCUUCCACUCGCUAUACAUCAAAGAUGAAUGGGUGACACUGUUUGACAAGCCUAUUAUAACAUCUGGAUUUUCCGACUGGGCCUAUGGGAACCCAGUUGAUGGAGAACGGUGUGGAGGAGUGUGCACCAACCCUGAGGGACUAUGCUCACAAAACUGCACCUCUAAGCUCUACCACCUGUGUAAAAAGAAGAUUUCUUCCUAGAGUACUGUCCGUAUAUUUGAUCUGUAUUCCACUGAAAUGGUUUAAACAUAAUAAGGCAACAAAAAUGCAUUGUUCUAUUAAAAACUGUAUUCAAAAACAUUUUAAAACAAAGUUUAAAUGAUUGUAAUGUAUACCAAAAUGUUUGUAUGAAUGCAUAUAAUGUAGAUAAAACUAUCAUUGUGGAACUCGGUAAUGC